UCUUACUUCUGCGAUUGUGACGUCAUUUCAUGAAAAUGCACGUCACUAAAUCAGAAAGUCUGAAGAUGGAAGAGAAAAAGAAGAAACCCCGAUUUUCGGAAAAAGAAAUUGACAUUCUAGUGCAAGGGGUAAAGGAACGAUCAGAAAUAAUUAACUCAAAAUUUAGUGAUGUCGUUAAUAAUGCAAAAAAGAAGCAAUCGUGGAUAGAGAUUAUGGAAGCGGUGAAUGCAGUUUCCUUCUCAAGAAGAACAAUUGACGAAUUGAAGAAGAAAUGGGAUGAUCUUAAAAGGGGGACCAAAAAGAGGGCCUCUGCCGUGCAGAGAGAACGUACGAAAACGGGAGGUGGUAAACUCAAAAUAGUGCCCCUAAGUUCAAUGGAGAAAGAGGUGGUGUCGGUUAUGGGCGAAGAGAGGAUCUUUGGGUUUAGCGCGGCAGUAGACACCAUGAAUCCUCAAACUCCAGCCAAGCCAUCGUCUGCUGAUAUUCCGGUGUCAUCUGAUGUUCCGGAAGCUGUCCAAGAUCACCCAUUCAGCAACAGUAGUGUUCAAAUUACAGACGACAACUUGGAGAAGAAACGGAAAAUAGCAAGACCCUACAGUCAAAAAGAAAGUGAUGAAAGGUGA